AUGCACUCCCAUUCGGGCGAGUUCUGCCCAGGUCAUGCCAAAGACCAACUCGAAGAGAUUGUAAAGCAAGCUGUCUCUGUUGGCUACAAGACCAUUGGCUUCACAGAGCAUAUGCCGAGAUACGACUUGCGUGAUCUAUAUCCUGAAGAGCUCGACGACCCCCAGGCUGCACUGGAGGCCCUCCCACCUCGCCAUGAGUCAUAUCUCAUUGAGGCACAGCGUCUACGGCACGAGUAUGCCUCGCAGAUUGAAAUCCUCAUUGGAUUCGAAGCCGAAUUCAUCCGGUCUAGCUGCGCGGCGCAUGUUCGCAAACUGGCAGAACAUCCCAUUAUCGAUUACUUCAUUGGCUCGGUACACUAUGUCCACAGCAUGCCGAUUGACUAUUCUAAGGAGAUUUUCCUGUCUGCACAGAGAAAAAGUAGCCGGGGAACGGAAGAAUCGCUCUACGAAGAUUACUACGAUUUGCAGUAUGAGAUGCUCACGGAGCUCAAGCCGCGGGUUGUGGGUCAUUUCGAUCUCAUUAGAUUGAUGAGUGAAGAUCCUGAGAGGGAUCCCAGGCAGUUGAAGGGUGUUUGGGAGCGGGUCUUGAGGAACCUGGCACUCGCAAAAGAGCAGGAUGGCUGGCUAGAGGUGAACAGUGCUGCGUUGCGAAAGGGUCUUGCAGAGCCAUACCCUGGUAGACAAAUUGCUGAGGAGUGGAUCAAGAUGGGCGGCAAGUUUACUUUCUCAGACGACAGUCACGGUAUUGCCCAAGUUGCUACCAACUACGCUCGUACAGUCACUUAUCUCGAGAGUCUUGGUGUCAAGGAAGUAUGGACUCUCAAGAGAUCAACUCACACCGGCAUUGAGGGAUCAGAGAAAUCAGUCGUCGAGGAAGUCAGUGUACCUCUGACUGAAUUCCGCAAGAACUUCCCCUAA